ACCCACACAUAUAUUUUUUCCCCACCUUUUUCUUUAAUAAGGAUUCCCCAAGUCAACUUUCUUGAACCUACUAUAAAAUGGUCCAAUGCCAUGAAAAUAGCACAAUAACACACUUGAGCUCAACUAGUACUAAACACAUUGAGUUUCCUUGACCUAAGAUACUAGGUAGAUAUCUAUACAUGGAAGGCGAACAUACGACCUCCGCGCCUUCCACACCUCCAGGCGUCCCUCUCUUCGGAGUCGGAGGGUUCAGAAAUGGGAACGAAAGACGAUCGUCUCUACUUGGGAAUAGUUGCAAAUGCUUCAAUAUUGAAUCUUUGUCAUUGGAGGAGGGGCCCUUGCCCCCUAUCUCUUGCUCAUUGCGUUCAUCUUCCAUCACUCUUGCUAGAAAGGUGGGAGCGGAGUUUAUAGGCACACUGAUAAUAAUAUUUGCCGGAGCGGCGGCACCAAUAGUGAACCAAAGGACUAAAGGGGCGGAGACGCUUCUCGGGAUGGCAGCAUCGUCGGGGCUGGCCGUGAUGAUAGUGAUACUCUCCACCGGACACAUCUCCGGCGCCCAUCUGAAUCCCUCAAUCACCGUCGCCUUCGCCGCUCUCCGCCACUUCCCGUGGAAACAUGUGCCGGUAUACAUAGGUGCACAAGUGAGUGCAUCAAUAUGUGCUUCAUUUAUGCUAAAGGCCAUUUUUGAGCCAAUAAUGGGAGGUGGUGUUACUGUCCCUAGUCCUGGAGUGGAAUAUGCUCAGGCAUUUGCAUUGGAGUUCAUCAUCACCUUCAACCUUAUGUUUGUUGUCACUGCAGUCGCCACUGAUACAAGAGCUGUGGGCGAGCUUGCAGGGAUUGCGGUUGGAGCGACUGUCAUGCUCAAUAUACUCAUAGCCGGGGAAAGCAGUGGAGCAUCAAUGAACCCAGUGAGAACUUUAGGGCCGGCGAUUGCUGCAAACAACUAUAGAGCCAUAUGGGUAACUUUACUGCACCAAUGUUAGGAGCUUCUUGCUGGCGCUGGUGUUUA